UUGCUGCGCCCCUUCCUUCCUUCCUAAACCCACACAAUGUUGCUAUCCGCUUUCGCUCCCCUGCUCCUCCUUCCUUACGCUGCCGCUGCAGGUGGAGUCCACAAGCUAAAGCUUCACAAGCUCCCCAAGGUUUCUCCUAACCAUGGUCUGGAGUCCGCCUACCUAGCAGAGAAGUAUGGAGCAGAGACAACCUACCAACAGCUCCCUUUAAUGGGCGCGGGUGGUGCAGGCCGUCACAUCCGACCCGACCGUCCUGAAGACAGUGAUCUCUUCUGGACACAAGAGGAGCUCGUAAAGGGUGGCCACGGGGUCCCUUUAACCAACUUCAUGAAUGCGCAAUACUACACCGAGAUCACGCUUGGUUCUCCUGCUCAGACUUUCAAAGUCAUCCUUGACACUGGGUCGAGUAAUCUGUGGGUCCCGAGUUCGAAGUGCACUUCAAUUGCCUGUUUCUUGCAUACCAAGUAUGACUCUUCAUCAUCAUCAACAUACAAGGCCAAUGGUACAGAGUUCUCAAUCCAAUAUGGAUCUGGCUCCAUGGAGGGCUUUGUUUCUCAAGAGUCGAUGAAGAUCGGUGAUCUUUCCAUUCAACAUCAAGACUUUGCCGAAGCUACCAAAGAGCCUGGACUUGCAUUUGCCUUUGGAAAGUUCGAUGGUAUCUUGGGUCUUGGCUAUGACACUAUCUCAGUCAAUCACAUCACGCCUCCCUUUUACAAUAUGAUUGAUCAGGGGCUCCUUGAUGAACCGUUGUUCUCUUUCCGCCUUGGUUCCUCUGAGGAUGAUGGAGGUGAAGCCGUCUUCGGUGGUAUUGAUUCAAGCGCCUAUACUGGUAGCAUUACCUAUGUUCCUGUCCGUCGUAAGGCUUACUGGGAAGUCGAGCUCGAGAAGGUCUCUUUCGGUGGUGAUGAGCUUGAUCUCGAGAAUACCGGAGCUGCUAUCGACACGGGUACCUCUUUGAUCGCCCUCCCCACCGACGUUGCGGAGAUGCUUAACACGCAAAUUGGUGCAACGAGGUCAUGGAAUGGUCAAUAUCAAGUUGACUGCGCCAAAGUGCCUAGUUUACCUGAGCUGUCGUUUUACUUUGGCGGAAAGCCUUACCCACUGAAGGGCACUGAUUAUAUCCUCAAUGUGCAAGGCACAUGUAUUUCUGCUUUUACUGGUCUUGAUAUCAAUCUGCCAGGGGGUGCUCUGUGGAUCAUUGGUGAUGUAUUCCUGCGACGUUACUUCACAGUUUACGACCUGGGUAGGGAUGCUGUUGGGUUCGCAACUGCUGCCUAAGGAUAUCAUGAAUAUGAAUACCACGUUGUCCGAGCACUGGAUUUCCGUAGAUAACCUUUUGCUCCGGUGUUAUUGCUCUGCACAUUAACUGACAACGUUUUUCACGUCGAUUAAUGUAUGAUUUUCCAUGUAUAAUAUCCACUGUUUGUGACUUUUGCAUCGAACUUGCCAACUGCACAUUUCCCACA